AUGCACCCGGGUUCGCAUUCCGGAAGGAGCAACCUGCUUACCAACCCGGAGCGACCUCGGGAGAAUCAGGAAGAUCGCAACGAGCGCGGAUCCCACGAUCUGAUUUGGCCAUUUCCCAAGGGCAAUCCAAGGGUCGCCGCUCGGCUUACAAAUGCAAGCCACGCGCCAAUGCGAGGGCCACGGGGCUCCGAGCUGGGCUGGGAGGAAGCCGCGCUUGUCGCUGGAAUUCAAUCCGAUCGCCUUUGCCUGCAGCACCCAAUUCUGGGUCGGAAUGAGGGUGGUGGUGGACGUGAGGGGAAAGGGCCUUUGUGCAUAGUGCUUCAGUGCGACCGGCUGUCUUUAAUCCUCAUUUGGAAGGGUGGUCCGGGUGUGGAUUCCGUUUGGAGUGUGGGUGUGAGGGUGGAUUGGAGUGGGUUUGGCCCCAGUGCUCCGAUCUUCGGCCGUUAA